UCUUGUGUUGCUGUUGGUUGGCAGUGAUUUAGACUUGAAAGCUCCCAUCUUUUCAUGUCUAUUGAUAUUGAUAGUUGAUAGAUAGUAUACAAUACAUACAUCACUUCUCUUCUCUUCCCUUCUUCUUUUGACUCUCUCUUCUCCCUCCUUAUUAUUUCAUCAUUUCAUUGUUGUCAAGCACUUUCUUCAACUUAUAUUCAACUCUCUCUCUCUCUCUCUCUCUCUCACCACAGCAGAGAAAAAAAAUAUCAAUAAUAUUAUAUAUGGAGUCUCUUCUUUCUGAAAAAACUCCUAAGAACAAAGCAAUGUGGUUCUAUCCUAAGGUCUUAGGUUUCAAUCCUUCUCAAAGAUGGGGUCACUCUGCUUGCUUCUCUGGAAGGCUUAUGUAUGUUUUUGGGGGGUGUUGUGGAGGAUUGCAUUUUAGUGAUGUACUAUGUUUGGACCUUGACAAAAUGGAAUGGAACAAAGUUACUACAACAGGUGAAAAACCAGGUCCUAGAGAUAGCCAUAGUGCUGUUCUUGUAGGACAAAAAAUGAUAGUUUUUGGUGGAACAAAUGGUUUCAAGAAAGUAAAUGAAACUCAUAUACUUGAUCUUUACACUAAAGAAUGGAUUAAGCCUAAAUGUGAAGGGACACCUCCUUCACCAAGGGAAAGUCACACUGCUACACUUGUUGGUAAUGAAAGAUUAGUGAUUUUUGGUGGUAGUGGAGAAGGUGAUGCAAAUUAUUUAAAUGAUUUGCAUAUUUUAGAUCUUAGAAGUAUGAGAUGGAGUUCUAUUGAAGUUAAUGGUGAUUUACCUGUUCCUAGAGAUAGUCAUUGUAGUCUUGCUAUUGGGAAUAAGGUUAUUGUUUAUGGUGGUGAUAGUGGUGAUCAAUAUCAUGGUGAUGUUAGUUUGCUUGAUAUGGAAACAAUGACAUGGACUAGGUUGAAAAAUCAAGGUUCUUCACCAGGAGUCAGGGCUGGUCAUGCAGCAGUUAAUAUUGGAACUAAGGUAUACAUCAUUGGAGGGGUCGGAGAUAAACGUUAUUCCAACGACAUAUGGGUGUUUGACAUACACUCUUGUUUAUGGACUCAACUUGAUAUACACGGUCAACAUCCACAAGGGAGGUUUUCUCAUACCGCUGUUGUUGCAGACACUGAUAUUGUCAUAUAUGGCGGCAGGUGUGGUGAAGACGAGCGUCCUUUGAAUGAAUUGUUAGUGCUGCAGAUUGGAGCAAACGACAUAUCCGGGUGCAAGGUUUUCGGAAGUUAUUGGAAUCAAGAAAAGAAGACCAUCCUUGGAGGUGGAGCAGAUGCCAACACGGUAAAAAAUAAUACUAAUAAAACUCCGCGCAUUGGUAAUAAUGUCUUAGGAAAAUGGGGGUAUGCAGUUGCAUCAGAAAGAGCGCAACCGUAUCAGUUUGAUUCAGGAACAUCACAGCAGAAGAGGAGGAGAAUUGCUGCUACAAAGGUGUGGGAUGUUGAAUCAGAACAAGAAGAACAUUCUCUUUCACUAUCCCAACAUUCAUCUCCGUCUCAAUCUGAUCAUGAACAGACUCCAGGUCAAAAACCAAAUGCCUCUUCCGUCAUGGAUUCUCAGCGUUAUCAUCGAGUCAAACUCGUUAAUAAAACUCCAAGCACUUGUCACCUUGAUAAUUUCUUAAGUAACAAGAGAUUUCUUAAGAAAUGCACACCGAUGAAUCAACAAGAUCUUCAUGUAAUAGAUCAUCAACCAAAGCAAGAACAAUAUCUUCAUGUUGAUGACGAUAAAAAAGGAACUCGACACCAAGCUUUAGAACCGAAGCCUGCCAGCCGAGGACACACUCAGCAGCUGAUUGGUGCUGAAGUUCGCGGAAAAGUUGACGGAGCAUUUGAUUCAGGUUUUCUGAUGACUGCAGUUGUGAAUGGAAGACUUUUCAGAGGAGUUUUAUUUGCACCAGGAGCAGGAGUAGCCGAGCCAAAUUGUUCUUUACCGUGUUUAUUUCCGUCCACUCAAUCUCUCAUGAACUCGAAUCAUGUGGAUAAUUCAAGGGAUUCCGAGAAAGUAACUAAUUGUUCGCGUUCGGAGUCUUGCUAUGGCUUAAGGCAACCGCUACAUGCUCUACCGUCUCCAAUCAUGAAAGGCGCUGCUAUUGUGUCCUUACCGGAAGAACAUAAAAUCAGGAGUGACCUUCAAGGGUUGGCUUUAACACUAGGAGGGCCUGCAAGUGGAAAUCAUGUUUGAUCCUAAGGUGAAAUGUUGUUGAAGAGGUUUAUAAGGUUUAUGUAAUUGCUAUGUAUUUUAAUGGCUAUGGUUUUCUAGGAUCAAUCAUAAGCUAUGUAAUUGUUUUUUUUUUCUCUCUCUCUCUCUCUCUUUGGGAAUAAGUCCUGUCUCCCCACGAAAUUGUAUCCUCUACUGCCCUUUCUGUUAUGUCAUCUCUACCGCUCUUCAUCCAAUGACAAAUGGUAAAAGAAACAGUUUUAAAGAGAGGGAAAAAAACACGAUUAGACAAUUGAGAUGAUGGCAACACGGGCAACAUGAGAGGAUGAGCCGGAGAGGAUCCAUAUCCAUCUCCCCACACCAUACAAUGGUAACUUAGAUAUUUACUUAUGUAUGUAUGUAUGUAUGUACAAUGUAUCAACAAGACAAUUCCUGCUUAUUGGUCAACAGCUUUGGAGAAUUUUACAAAAUAUUUCAAAUUGUGCUUAGGAUGGAACAUGUGAUGUGAUUAUGAUAAAUGUGAUUGGGAAUCUUAAUUUUGAUGGAAA